AUGGAAGUCGUUGCGACAGACGACAAGCCCAAGCCGAUCCCGGCCUACGGGGCCCAUCCUCCUCAACACCCAUCUGCGCCUGCGCAUCCCUCAGUCCAGCAGCGAAUCGCUCCUCCUGCCGAAGCGUCCCACGCCCUGCCUUCUUCGCACGCUCUCUACGAGCAGUCCUGGCGUCCCUACGCGUCGCCGUUUGACGCUGCCAAUCCGGACCAGCGUCGUCAGUCGACGCCCGCCCAACCGCCGCUUCCUGCGCAUAGCUAUCCCCCUCCUCCCCCGAAUCGGGAGCUCCCCCAAUUGCCUCCGGACGUUAACCCUUACGCUCGUCCCAACAGUCUGCCAGCGCCUGCCCCAACGCACUCGCCUCAGGACGGUCAUCCACAGCAUCCGCAGUAUCGACCCAUGAAUGGCGCUCCGCCCAACGAACCGGUUCCGCAGUCUGCCCCAGGCGACUACCGCCCACGCAUGGCCUAUCCUCCCCCCGAAGGCGCCCCAAAUAAUGGCGAGCCACCCCCUCCGUCCGGACAGUAUGUUCCCAACGUCUCUCACAUGCCCGCGACGACAGGGCCCUAUGACUCGAGCUACUAUCACAGCCAAAUGUUUGGUCGCCAGCGGAAGGCCGCGAGAGCCCAACAGGCCUGUGAUCAAUGUCGCGCCCGAAAAGCCAAGUGUGACGAGGGCCGUCCGUCCUGCACUCACUGCAAAGAAAACGGCCUGGUGUGUGUCUACAAAGAGGUGCCUCCUCACAAGCAAGAAAAGGCCACCCAACUUGUCCUUGACAAGUUGCAGCAACUGGAGGAACGCAUGUCGCAGCAGAUCGAGCAACGAAUGGCCCAGAUGCAGGCGGAACAGAUGGCUCAGAUCAAGAAAUUACUCGGUCAACAGGCGGAGUCUCCGGCCGCAGCAGAGACCCCCGCCAAGGACACCUCGAUUCCCAAGGCGCCGCAGAGUCACGAAUCGUCGGUCGAGCGUCCGGUCACCAAUGUCGAGACCCAGAGCACCCCCAGUCAGUCGGAAAUUAAGGACGACGGCACUCCCACGGCCAUGCCGGCGGCUCCUCAAAAGUUCGAGAUGGCAGGAGGGGACAUGGCGAAUGACGUGAUGAUCAAGGAUGAGGAUGACGGCGAGCUCUCGAUCCCGGUGGAACACACCACCGCUGCUCAUAAGUUGCUGUUGUGGCCUUCCAUCCGUCGGCUGCUGGCUCCCAAAGAGAUCGACGAAGAUUACGUGAUGAAGCUGGAGGAGGAACGCGGCCUCAUUCGUGUGUACGGUCGUGGCGAAGGCGAUGACCGGAGUGACUACGAGAGAGGCGCCGCCAGCAGUCCGUCAACGACGAACUCUUCCAGUCCCAACUGGGAAGAAGACUACCACACCCAGGGGGCAUCCCCGAAUGGACCCUGGGGCACCGGGCUGCCUGCCACCACCUCCUCCACGACGUCUCACCGACCUCGAGAAGGCGUGGGUGGCUUGGAUGAAACGGGUCAGUUGAAUACGGAUCCCGACGUGGUGCGGCGUCUGCACCGGAGUUAUAUGCAACAUAUCCAUAUCCUCCACCCAUUCCUGGAUGAGAGCAAUCUGGAACGGAAGAUCGAGCGAUUCAUCAGGAUCUACAGCCCGCCCAAGAAGAACGUGGCGGGCCCGUUUAUGCCGCCGGGCAACCCUGGAGACGGCCCGCGAGGCGCCAAGCGGAAGCGUUCGUCGGAGGCGCUCCAUGUCGGGGGAUAUGACAUGUCCCGUUCUCCCGGCUCCAACUCGGAACGCGCCGCUCCUCGUCGGAUUGAGCGGUCUAUCGAAAAUGCCAUCAUUCUGCUCGUCCUGGCUUUGGGCGCGAUUUGCGAGUGGAGAGACCGUCCUCUUCCAGGCCCCGUCAAGGAUUACCCGCCGGGCCAUGGCCCCUCGUCGUCCGCCCUUCAGAAUGUUCUCUCUCCCGCCAUGUCCGAUUCAGGAAUGCAGUCCUCCAGUGCCUUUUGUUCCCCGACCAACAAUUCCUUCCCGUCCCCGGACGGAGGCGAGGCCCGGAAACCUACCCCUGGUCGCUCGGCCUUUGCCGCUGGCCAGGAAAACUCGGAAUUUGCCCAUCCCAGAAAUAUGGAUGUGAUUCCAGGAUUGGCGUACUACGCUUAUGCGACCGAUAUUUUGGGCAACCUGCAGGGAGGAAAUGGCCUCUAUCACGUUCAGGCUGCUCUCUUGGCCGGUCUUUAUGCUGGCCAACUUGCCCAUCCGUUCCAAAGCCAUGGCUGGAUUUCCCAGGCAUCGAGGGCUUGUCAGGUGCUAGUCAGAUCGAAACGGUAUGAGAAGAUGCAAGAUGGCCCAAUGAAGGAUCUCUGCGAUUUUGCCUACUGGACCUGUCUACAGCUGGAGAGUGACAUCCUCGCCGAGUUGGACCUCCCUGCUAGUGGUAUUUCUCGCUCUGAAGGCCGGAUCGCCUUGCCCAAGGGUGUCUUUACGCUGUCUCUCCCCAACGAGAUCCGUGCGCCUAAUACGAUGAUGAUGUUCUUCUAUUCGGCCCAGAUCCACCUCCGGAAAGUCUUGAACCGGGUUCACACAGAUCUCUACAAGGCUGAAAAGAAGGGUCAGACUCGGUGGUCUUUCAACGUGUUGGAAGUCCUCAGCAUGAAUCUCGAAUUCUGGAGGAAGAGCUUGCCCGAUGUCAUGAAGUGGGAUGAUCGAGAUCCGCCUGCCAGCGAUAUCAACACCGCUCGAAUGCGCGCCAAGUACUAUGGCGCCCGCUACAUCAUUCACCGGCCAGUUCUCUGUCAUGUCCUGCACUAUAUGAGCCCAGCGCAGUCUACGGCCGAGGGGGCCCAGUCCCAGCAAGUGUCUCCGUCCAUGGCUCAGGGUCAACGUGCACCCGGCAUGGCACGAUGGUCCAGUGACAUGGGCAAUUCCGGCCGGCCCAACCAGGCCGACAUUUGGCCCGGGGUUGCCUUCAAAGACCUGCAUGUCAAGCUGCAACGGGCGUGCAAGAUUUGCAUUGAAUCCGCCAUCCAGAGUACCGAGGCGUUCGAUGGGAUCAAAGGUCGGCUCAUCGUGACCAAUAUUUUCGGAACUGCUCAUGCCCUGCGUGCCGAUGCCGAAAUUUUGACCGAAAUCUACAAGAAGAUCUUUGGCGAACCCCCCAAUACGACAUACAGCUUGAACGACUAA